CUCCUUGAGUUCGACCUAUCAGCCUGCCCCUCUCAAGGGCUUCGGUCAACACGAAGGGUACCUUACCAACUGACGUGUGUUCAAUUAUUCACGCCAUUGUAUUUCAUAGGAAGUAUUUCUGAAGCAAUUUGGUACGAUUUGUUUAGGUUCUCUAUUUUUUUGGUGUUUUUGUUAGGCUGGCAUGUCUUUCAAGUGAAGAAUAAGUUUUUUUAAUAUGGCUUUGAUUAGCGGAUUUGCUUUCCUUUGGGUGUUCUUUGUGACGCUGGGCGUGGAUUGCUCCAAAACGCAGAAGAAAUCAGAGCUGAACAGGGGAGUGGCAGACACCUGUAAAGACUUCGGCGCUGUCAGUUCUAAGUGUCACAUGUGGAAGGACAUGGGAUUUUGCUUCAAGCAUCGGCGAGAGAUGCAGUUUGUCUGUAGCAGAACCUGCAAGUUCUGCGAACCAGGAGAAUACCAAACAGAAUUUACUUCGCCCUCAUCUCAAGUCGAUGAGAAUGCUCAGACUAAAGGAACCGUCCACUUACUCGACGAACCUGAAGAAGGCAACGAGACCCCUACCGCACAGGUUGCCGGAAAGCCAUCGUCAGCCUUAUCAGUCGAUGACGUAGCAGGGAUGCUGCAAAGCCUAACGGGUAAAAUUUCCGACGAGAGCCAAUCUCGUGCCAAGGAGCUCGCCGUGAUCCAAGGAAGAAUCCAGAAGGCAGUACCGACAACUGCAGCUCCACCCCCUAAGGUCAACCCACCCCCUAAGGCACAGAAGGUUGUGGAACCGAAUAUCACAAUCGGUGGGAAGAUGCAAAAGCUACCACCUCCUCUACACGAUUUGGAGAUGCAUCCAGGUAUGAAGGUGACCGAGAUUACGAGUGUGCCGCCUGCAGAAGACGCCAUCAAAACACUAGAUGAGGCCACCAGCAGUAGCAAGGCGGACAGUAAGGCGGACAACAAGGCGAACACAACGCUGAAGACUCCUGAGGACCAAAAGCUGGAGAACACACUGUUGUCGGUCAUGAAAAUUCUCCAGGAACAGAAAGACAAGCAGAAGGCGAAAGUGAAUGGAACGACGGACGGUUCCCCUGCCGAAAACAAGAAUAAGACCAAGACUGAUGGAGUGGUGCAGUCAAUAGCGAAGAUACUUCAAUCGGCUUUGAAAACGCCAGGUUCAGGAGAAGCAAAUAAUAUUCCUGCAGAUAGUACAAAUGCUACCUCCGGCAAUGGCAAUAUGGGGAAGAUAGAAGCUGGCAUUCAAUUCUUGGAUUCUUUGAUAUCAAAGGGCUCAGGGAAAACAGAAGAUAAGGGGUCAUCAGUCAGCAGCGCUGACAUGUUGUACAACAUCAAACUGUUGGAACAAGACAUCAAGGGAAGUUCCGAGAAAACGCCCUCUGACCCAAAAACAGUAACAGUCCAAGUUCCUGGAAACCCAAACUUGCUGAGUAAAAACAUGACUGAGGUCAACGUGUCAACGAUCAAGACAAAGCCUGGAGAGUUCUUACUUCAGUUACAAGACAAGCUCUUAAAGCAGGAUGACACAAUCCCCUACGCUGAAGUUAAGAAGCAGCCGAGUACUGCUAAUGCAAACGGCAACGGUGACGACAGGGAGAUUGCUGACAUUCUGCAAGGAUUAUCACAGGACGACAAGAAGAAAGACAAAGAAGAGGAAAAAGCCAAGCCAAAAAGAAAGAAGAGCAAAAAGAGACUGCUAACAGAACUCAGAGAGUCUUAUGAAGAUCUGGGUGGAAAAGUCGAGUUCGUGGAGAAGAAGGAAGGUAAAAGAAGACGUAAGAAAAAGAAAGAAGACGGUGAUGUGGAUGAAGAUGAGGGUGGGAAAAAGAAAAGAAAGCGAAGAAGAAAACAUAAGAACGAUAGUGGGGACCAGUUUGAGGAAUUAGAAAAUGACGAUGAAGAAGAUGAGGAAGACGAAGAGGACAACUUUUACAAUUCUAACAAACCCGAGCAGGAAGACCCACCCGAGAAGCUUGAGCAUCUCCAAGACGCGCUGGAAUCCAUGCAAUAUGCUGGGGAGCACCUUGAGAUGGCAGAAGGGAAGAGGAAGAAGAUGUCCACACAAGCGAGCAAGCGGGAGGGCGCACAAACUCGCGAACCGAAGAAAUGGGAAAACAUCGCACAGAAGUUAAGCAAGCGUCUGAAAGAAGCGCUAAGUGCAGCGGCGGAGAAAGACAGACAGCAUGAGCUGGAGAAAUGGAGACUUCAGAACAUGGUAAAGAUUUUGGUCCAGCGAGAGAUUGAGCGGAAACAGCGGGAAAGGGACAGAGAGGAUGUCCGUGAAAAUGACGGUGAUGUUGGUCCUCCUGACUCAGAAGAGGAAGACGACAGAAGCAGAAUACUGCACAACAUGGCCGCCAAGCUGCUACAUUUCACCGACAAGAAUAAGACAUUUACAGCUCUAAAACACAGGCCUAAGAAUAUGCUAAAGCGGGAACGGGUCUUGCACUCGCUGGUGUCUAAGUACCGGGGCCUUGUUGCCGAAAUCUUGGCAAAUUGGGCGAAGGUUAAAAAACGCGGGAAGAAGAAGAACAGAAUUCCAAGAAAAGGUUUGUCUGACAAACGUGGUGAGAUCAUGAGCGGAAGCGGAAGUGGGAGCGACACAACAAAGGCUACAAUAGCUUCUCCCCAACCCCCUCCUCGCCCACCACGCCCGCGUCUCAUUCCAGUAAGAAAAGUCCAUUUUAAAAGCAAGCCGAGACCUAUCCCUGCAAGAAAGAUUUAUAUGAGCAAGCCGAGACACAUUAAGAAGAAACCAAAGGAAGAACCGGUCAAGGUAGACACGGAUGAUGAAGAUGUAGUGGAAGUGGUGAAUUAAGGGACUUCUUGGAAUUUAAAGUGACUGUUUGCAUAAACAGAAGAGAUAAUGUAUACUCUCGAAACACACAAAAGAUGUAUAUGGAUAUUUGAUAGUAGCAGAUAGUAUAGUAACAGAUUUUGAUUUAAUGUAUUCAGCGAAACACAAAGAGCUCGCAGAACACAUUUUGAAAAGAGAAUUCUACAAAUUGGAAGACAUCUGGUUAAAUGGGAAAUGGUAACGGUUCAGUGAUCAUUACAGAAAACAGUCUUUGGAAUUUCCGCGGAACCAAACAUUUGGCAGUGCACCAUGAAAAUUAUCCGUUCUUUUAUUCAGGCCUGCAGAAAAUGCGGGUUGGAGUAUAGGAAUAAACAAACCUACUGUAUUUACCCAAGGUACUUACUUAAAAAAUGUCAUCUAGACAUCUUGUUUGCAUACUAAGCAAUUUUUUGGAGUUUUCGUGGGCCAAGGGUUAAGCCCUCGGAUUAUGUGGAUAUGCAAGAGAUCUAUAAAGGUUGGUUCUCACUAGGGUGUACAAACACAGACGCAUGCCAAACACAAGUGAGAGUCGGUCAAAUACAAGCACAGGCGCAUGCCAAACACAAGUGAGAGUCGGUCAAAUACAAGCACAGACGCAUGCCAAACACAAGUGAGAGUCGGUCAAAUACAAGCACAGACGCAUGCCAAACACAAGUGAGAGUCGGUCAAAUACAAGCACAGACGCAUGCCAAACACAAGUGAGAGUCGGUCAAAUACAAGCACAGACGCAUGCCAAACACAAGUGAGAGUCGGUCAAAUACAAGCACAGACGCAUGCCAAACACAAGUGAGAGUCGGUCAAAUACAAGCACAGACACAUGCCAAAGACAAGUGAGAGUCGGUCAAAUACAAGCGCAGACGCAUGCCAAACACAAGUGAGAGUCGGUCAAAUACAAGCACAGACGCAUGCCAAACACAAGUGAGAGUUGGUCAAAUACAAGCACAAGAUCAAGGAAAUCAAGCAGUUAUGUGUGUUGGGCUUGCGUCGGAGUAAGAACCAACCUUGCACUUGCAUCCUUCCGGAACUUUAAAAAUUUAGCAUGUAGCAUAGUGUAGAACAGAAAUUCUUACCUUCCACAAGGUUAACCACACUCAACAUGUUAAUGAUCAUAACAUUCAAUAUAAUAAUAAACAUCCAGAAAAAACAUCCAGAAUAAAUAUCCAGAAUUAGCCU